ACGCCCCUCCCUGGCCGAUCGUGGUGCAUUAUUCGAACGCGAUCCCGCUCGGCUUCGUCGACAUGCGGGCUGUAGUUAUAAUAGUGGCGUCGUUAGCCGCUUCGUGCCUGAGCCAAUCGUACCAUCGACCGUCUCAGGAUGCUGCGAUAUUGAGUGACGCUCGUUAUCUCGCCGGGGAUGGGACUUUCGGUGCUGCUUACACCCAGGAAGACGGCGUAGAGUUCAAGGAAGAGAGCGACGCGAACGGGGACCGCAAGGGUUCUUACUCCUACGUCGACCCUACCGGUCAUCGGCGAACCGUUUUCUAUACCGCUGGCAAAAACGGUUUCCAGGUUCGUGACGAACUCGAGGCAACCGGAGAUCACAUUCCCACAGCCGCUCCCGUCGUAGCGCCGCAGCCGGAGUACGAACCGUUGCCCGAGUACAAUCCGCCCGACUAUCGAGCUUCCGCGCAGCCUCCGCGUCCGUAUCAGCCUCAGGCUGCACCUCAAUCGCAUUACUCUCAGCAAUCGUAUUAUCAAGCGGAACCAGUGCCUCGCUAUUAUCCGAGACCUCAACAUCGCCCGCCGCCUCCGCCCCCUCCACAGCCGCAGUAUCCUUCCCAACCGGAACAACAUUUUCGACCUCAGUAUCGACCUCUCGCAGCUUUUCAACCGGAACCUCGUUAUUCUCAGCCACAGCCUCAGUUCCAUUAUGAAAAUCGAGCUCAUCAGUACCAGCCUCCGCCACCGACGAGACCUCAGUUCGAACCUCCGACAGCUCCCCGACCUCGUUACAACGAUCUCACCACUCCGGCACCACGCAGAUUUUAUCCCCCUGGGAAGUUAGACUUUAACCGAACUCCCGAUGGCUUUUCCUACACUUUUAGCAAAAGCUGAGAUUCUUCCGCCAUUGAGCUCAUUCGAGAUUUCGUCGAUUCGUUGAAUUAUGAGACGAUCUCGAAAAACGUCGAUUCAACAUUUUCUUGCUCUGAUUUAAGAUCAUUUUAUUAUUUACGUAUUGAGAAAAACGUUGGUCGAAAAUAAAAAAAGCCUCGAAUUGCCUUAAUUAA